UUAGUGAUAUUAAUGGAAAAUAACAUUUUUGGACCCAACGGUUCUGAUUGUCUAUUGAAUUUUGGCAGAAAAUAUCGAAUCGUUCUAUCGUUUACGGGUUAUCAAGCUGGAGCACCUACGGUCACACUGGAUCUCAAAUUCUGGCGCAAAGCAAACCAAAAACGAAGCGUCGCAGUUAAACUAGUUAAAUGUGUCAAUUCCUUGUGACAAAAUGUCUAGUGAUAUAGCUAAUCAAUUGAAGGGAAGCCGAUCCGAUGUGGAAAAAGUCUGCAAAACGGUAGAGGCUAAAUUCCGAUUGCUGACAGAAGAAUCUCUUCCCUUGAGAUACGAAGUCAAUGUUUUGCGCCAUAUUUGCAUCGCUUUGAAGGAUAACAUUUACCAGAAUGCGGAUCUUUACUGCGAUAUAGUGGGAACAAUGCUGCCACGUGUGGUUCCCUACAUGGAGAAGCCUAGUUUAUGGGAGGCGCAUUUGACCAGUCUGCGGUAUAUACAUCAUUGUUUGUGUCAGGAGCGAUCUAUUGAAGCCUGCCAGAAACUAUACAACCUUAUUCGAGCUCAACCCUGCCUCUUACAACAGGAUACGGACCAUAAAGCGUAUCUGGACAUCCAUUUGACCCACUUUAAUGGCAUACACUUGCAGCUGCAGAGGCAAAAACUUCCUUUGGAGGCAACAAGACACCUGGGUUAUGCACUGGAAUGCCUGGGAGAACUUUUCGAUAUUAUGAGGCAAAGGGAAAUGACCCAAAGUGGACCACUUUUGGCUCAGCUAAAUGAAAGUUUGUUUGGCAAAAGAAGCAGAACAUUUUUUAAGACCCUAAGCUUUCUGCCCUCUGAGAGUUUAUCCAAGAUGUUUAUUCCUCUUCUAAAACUCCUGGCCAGCAGCUCUGUAGCGGAACUACCCACCCUAUUUUCUGAGUACCUUAGUUUUACCUUGGCCCUCGUGCAAAUCGACAUUCUAAGUCCCCAAUCCAACCAGCAACUAUCGUUGCAGCUGUUACGCAUGUGCAAGGAACUUUUCCGCCAGGAAAGCAAUCUAAACUAUUCCCUGCAGCUGUUCUACUAUUAUAUCAAGUUAAUCUAUGUUCGGGGACCCUCAUCCGAUUUCAAACGAGCCUAUAUUGACCUUUCCCAGAAGUUUCAAAACUUUUUUGAACAUAAAACUGUCUCUUAUGUCAAGGAACAAUGGGUUACGGAUCUACUGGUGGCCUUUCAAUUGCUGCAAGUGCUAAUCCAACAGAACAGCAGUAAGUCCCAGAACCCUUUUCAGUUUUUCUGGCAGAAUUUUGAAGGGGAUGGUAGUCCAGAGAUCUAUACAGCACACUUUCAGUUGCUACACAUCUGUGGUGGUUUGGCAGUAAAUGUUACGAGGAGUCCACUGGGCUGCAGUUGCACAAAUGAGGCCUGCAAGAGUGUGAGGCGGCAUUGCAUUAUGGCUUAUGGACUGUGCGCAUUAGAUGCGUAUAUUAACUGGCAACCGACGCAGGAGCAGAAAACAGAUAGGAGCCCCCACAAACCUUUGCUAGGAAUAGUUAAAUACACAAUGGAUGUUGCCAAGACCAUGAAGUGCCUAGGUCCCACCAGCGUGGAGCUUAUCAAGCUAGUUCGUCAGCUCAUUUAUGUAGCUGAUCAGGUGUCCUGUCCGGAGCAGAUGUCCGUUCUACUGCCACUUCUAGAGCAACUACAAAAGCUACGACCUUUGAUUGCCGAUCAGGAAAUGAGUGGUUUUCUCCGUCGUCUCUUCAAGGCCAGCAGCCAUUGCAAGGAUCUUAGUAUUGCAAGUCGCUUGCAAGCUAGCUUUUUGGCCUCGCUUACGAAUCCCGUUCGAUUGAGAUCUCAAAUUUGUUUGUAUUACCACAAUCAGGGAAAAGAAGGAAAGGAGAUCACCAAGUGUGUCUACGAAUGGCACGAGUCUAGUCCACUGCCUUCUCCUCUUACACCUGCUCAGAAAAAGCAGCUUUAUGAUACGGAUUUCUUUGCUGUGCUGCACUAUUUAAGGAACCCAUCUCCGGCUCAUAUGCAAUCACUAAUCCGGUGCCGGAAGAAUGAUUAUCAUCUGGUUCUCUUGGCCCGGGAAAUGCGAAAUGAUGCUUCCAUUCUGAAUGAGUGCAAAGAAAUGCGAUCAAAGUUAAAGCAAAAGGGUUCUCUCAGCCGAAUGGAGCAUCUAUGUUUGGGUCACGCAAAUGUUGGAUUGCUAUUAGAAGCACUGGAGGCUCAAAAAACGAAGGUUUCAACCAAAGAGAUAAACGAGAAUUUGUUUGAAGAGUUGCUCCUCAGACAAAAUUUGUCACAGAUAAAUAUAAAACGAGAGCAGCGCUUGGUCCAGUUAGCUAGUGAAUCAAUAUCUGUUUUUAACUACUUCUUUAGCCAAGCAGAUCAAGAACCAUUGGGCAUUGAGGAAACUUAUAUCGAUUGGGAGGCUUUGAUUGACGAUGCCGUUUCUUCUGCCCUGGGUCUUUCAAGUAUGGGGUAUCAGUCAGAAGCGGACGAUGCCUGGCUGCUGCUCCUGAGAAUAGGACGCUGGCUGGAAGAUCGAUUCACAUAUCUUCGAGCUCUGAACCAUUUUCUGUCCCAGAAUCAAGUUAAUUCUAGUCUGAAACUAAAAUUAUCUGAUGAAGUAGAAUGGGCGGAGGAAUGGCUGGAUGAUUUGUGGCCACAACUGCAAAAUGGAAGAUUCUACAAGCGACAGCACACAGUCGUAAUGCUGAGUUUUUGUCAUCUAGCCAGUUACUAUGCCAGAAUGGAUUGUCUGAGUCACGCCCAGUUGCUUCUUCUGCAAGUGGAACAGCUUCGAGAAGAGUUUCCUGAAAGACUGGGAAAAAGUGACAUUGUGUUGAUUACCCUGCAAGCAGUUCGUUUUCGACUCAGUUAUCAGCAAGGCAAGCCAAAGACUAGCAAGAUGCUGACGCCCCUGCGACGAUUGGACACUCUUCUGGAAAACGUACGGAAUUUCUGCAAUCUGUCGAGUUUAGAUAGUGGCUCACUGCAGUUGCUUCUUUCGACUCUUGUCAGGGAAAGCACCGAAUGCUCUUCAAACAGAUUAAGUGAACGACUGGCCUUCUCCAACAUUGUACUCCAUUUGGUCCUCCAAUCUGGUUUGGCCUUAAGAUCCAUAGAGGUAUUUCUCGCCUGGUUGUGGACAAAUCUGCAAAUGGAGAAUUUUGCCAAGGCGCAGUCAAAGUUGCGACUCAUUGAGCACUGUUUGGAUAUAAAACAACUUACCCCUAAAGAAUCUCACCCAGAGAAGGAAGCGAUAAAAGAUCCAACUAUUAUUGACCUAACCAGCAACAUGCACCUUCUUCAGUUGGUGGAGCCAAUCAGAAAGCAGCAGCAAUUGAAUACGCCCUCACUUAAGCUGCUCAACAUGCAACAAAAUACUCCAAACCCUCAACUUAACUUGGAUCGCUACUUUACCCUAGAUAUGGCGCCUUCUAUCGUUCGGGAGAACACUCAGCUUCAGUGCGUCUACUUUAUAAUGGGCUGCCUUCAUGCUCGUCUACAUUUUCUUCAGAGGAAUAGCGAUCAGUUGGAUGAGUUCUAUGAAAGAGCAAAUAAUUGGAUUGAGGAAAAAUCGCAGAUGAGCGCCGCUUUAGGUUCAAUGUUGCAGGUGCAGCAACUAUAUCAUCUUAACUAUCUGCGCUUCAGGCGAAAGCAUGAUGAGGCUAUAUCAACGGCUCAAUUGGGUCUUAAGAUGCGACUGCAAGCGGUUGAUAUUAACUUUGGGUACAACUUUAUGGCACAGUUAAAGACCGCUAAAAUAGAGCUAAAGCCCUUGAUUCAGGAGAAAUCAAAGUCGAAGACAUUACGUCGUGCCUUGAUUUUCAAUCUUUCACCUGAAGAUAAACACCGAACGCAAUCGGCUUCAGCAAUCAAGGAUAGAGCCUCUAAAGCUAAACAGUCGGCUAAAAAGGCACCUAGAUUCCGGAUUUACGAGGAGCUAGCACUACGACCACCAAGUGCUGCCAGUAAUAGUAGCGGAGGAAGUGGCUCGGAGAACACUCCACCCUCCAAUAACGUGGAUCUUAAUGCCUGCCAACCGAUCGAGAUAAGCGACGAUGAGGAUUUACUGUCUCUACCACAGAAAAAGUCCCAGGCAAAGAGUAGAGAUAAAACUAAGUCAAAAACCGCGGCGACGGCCAGUGAAGUCAUAACAUUGGAUAAUAGCCUGGAAAUGGUAUCUACGCCAUCAGUGGCUUUGAGUUCAAGGAGUACAAGAGCUAAGACGCGCCAACCUUUGGAGACACCAAAGACUGCUCCUCUUUCAACCAGACGACCAAGGCGGCAGGUGACAGAACCUCCGGUUCCGGAUACGGAGUCCAUUAGCACUCGAACACGACACAGGCACUGAUUUGGGAUUAAUAUCCUUAGUUUUGGUUAUUAAAUUAAUAUUUAAGAACACAUUUUUCUAUUCAAAUAUAUUGUUACAAGGCUGAGGAGUA